AAAUUUUAGAUUGUCACAUGUAGUAGAUUAACAAUUGAUCAAAAGGACUUGCUAGCUAUUUCCACUAAAGCUAGCUAUGUCGAGCGAUGAAGGAGAGGUAAGGGGUAGUCCAGUAUCUGUGGAACCCUACCGACGGAGGCUGAGCUCAAAAGAUGCCGAAUGUUUUGAAGAGCUAAAAUACCGACGAAGGAGCAAAGACAAGAGCAAACAUAGGCACAAGUCCAAACACCACUCCUCCAGCCAUCACAAGCAUUCACACAGACAUUCUCCUGAAGGCAAAAAGCGAGAAUCAUCAUCAAAAUCAUCGAAACGUUCACAUUCCCAUUCUUCAAAGGUCGUACCGAAAGUUUACCAGACGUCAGGCGCUCGACGAAGUCCUCCGAGUCGUGUAAAAGAGCCGACGUAUGAUGAUAUAUCCUCGCCAUCUCCCGAGGCUGACUACACUGGGUGGUCGUAUGGCAAGGGGGCACAGCAUCGAUCACUAUCACGAGAGUCACGCCACACACACCCUCACAAAGGGCGCACACCACCCACGCGAUAUCGCACCCCCUCACCCAAACAAAGAGCCUCCCCACGAUCUGGCAGACACCCUCGUUAUGAUUCCAUAUCUCCACCACCUCAUAAACGACCGAAACGUAGAUCCCAAUCACCAGCUGCUUACAGCCAGAAGAAAGCCUCCCCUUCCAAACCAAGCCGAGUGAAAGUCUCACCAACUGAACCCAAACAGAUGGUCAAAACUCUGGCUGAUGAUGUUAAGGCUGAGGAGCCCUUACCGCCAGUCAUCAAAUCAGACGCACUGCCUCCUCCGAAUGCCCCUCCCCUUCCGUCAGAAGAAGCCCCACCCCUUCCUCCGCCCGAAGAGAAGCCACCAUUACCACCGGUGCCAUCGUUACCUCCUUUUCAACCUCCACCUGUUCUGGACCCCAAAACCACGCCUGCUGACCACACCCCAAAGUCUCGCACACCUAUCGACGUUGCUCCUCAAGAUUCAAAGUCUUCAUUUGGAAGUCCUGUCAGUAUAGGGGCUUCCCCCAUCCCAGGGAAACCUACGCCCACGAGCACAUCAGGUGAUGUAACUCCAUCGUUACCAGAGGAACCACUUCGAUCAAAAGCCUGGGGCGAGAGAUGCAUCGAUGCGUUUAAAGUUCUCUCGCAAAUCGGCGAAGGAACUUACGGCAAAGUUUACAAAGCACGGGAUAAUUCCACGGGGGACGUUGUUGCUCUCAAGAUGGUGCGGACAGAUAAUGAAAAAGAGGGAUUUCCAUUCACAGCUGUGAGGGAGAUCAAGAUUCUCAAGAAGCUCCAUCAUGAUAGCAUCAUACAACUCAUUGAUGUCAUCACUGACAAGCCCAAGGCUGUUGACUUCAAGAAGGAUAGAGGAGCCUUCUACCUGGUGUUUGAGUACUGCGAUCAUGACUUGAUGGGUCUGCUAGACUCUGGUAUGGUGACCUUCACAGAGGAGCACAUACGCAGUCUCACUAGACAGCUGGUGGAGGCUCUCCAAUAUUGCCAUGCUAGGAACUUCCUGCACAGGGAUCUCAAGUGCUCCAACAUUCUCAUCAACAACCAAGGUCAACUCAAGCUUGGUGACUUUGGACUGGCCAGGCUCUAUCAUGCUGAUGACAAGAGUCGGCUGUACACUAAUCGUGUCAUCACUCUGUGGUAUCGUCCACCAGAGCUGUUGCUAGGAGAGGAGCACUACGGGCCUGCUGUUGACAUGUGGUCUUGUGGCUGCAUCCUGGGAGAGCUGUUCACAAAGAAGGCACUAUUCCAAGGAGACCAGGAGCUCACUCAACUUGAUGUCAUCAGUCGGCUGUGUGGGACCCCCUCCCCUGCUGAUUGGCCUGAUGUCAUCAAACUGCCAAACUUUCAGACAUUCAAGUUCAAGAAACACUAUCGCAGGAGAUUGAAGGAAGAGUUCGCUGGUAAAAUACCGGAGCAGUCUCUUGAUUUGAUGGACAAGCUGUUGACCCUUGACCCCUGCAAGCGUAUAUCCGCCACUGACGCUCUAGAUCACCCGUACCUCAAGUCAGUGGAUAAAACCAAGAUUACCCCACCAGAGCUACCCAAGAAUCAAGACUGUCAUGAGAUGUGGAGCAAGAAACGUCGCAAGAGCAAGAAAGAAAAGGAGAAGCGCUCCCAGCCAUCGUCACCCUCCAAGAUGGCCGACAAGGGGAUUCCCCCUGCUGUGGAUAGGCCACACCCACUAACUGUUGAACAUCAAGCUGUUCAACCACCAAAUACACACACUUUCACAACAAAAAACCCCCCCAACCAGCUAAGAAAGCAACCUCCUCCAAUUCCUCCAAUUCCUCUGGGGGGCAAGUCGGCAAUCAGCGUCCCUCUCCCAAGUGCCCCCCUGAACACGGACAUUCUUGAUUCCAUUGCCAGUCUUAGUGGGGGGGAUGACAGGGGAAAUCCCCCACGGCUCCCAGUUCCCGGGAACCCGGAUGUUCUACAGAAGGUAAUAGACAGACAACGUUCUCAAAUAGAACUGCUUAGUCAAAUCACUAGGCUAGUAUCUGGUGGUACCCUCCCCCCUUCCGGUGGGGAAGUCCCCUCGGUCCUACCCUCUAGGCUGGCCUCACGGGCUCAGACGUAUGACUAUGGCAAUCGAAGCAAUAAAACUUUGGAAGAGAAGGCCUUGCAGGAGCUAGACCGUGGCUACCUGGACGAUCAAUGGAAUUAAAAGGGUUGGCCAGUUUGGCAUUAAGGAGGGGGGCUAAAAUUUGACUUGUAUUUAUUCGUUGUUGUAUUGGAUGGUUUUUGUGGAACUGCAGACUGAUUGCUGUGUUUGUGUGUGAUGAUUCUAUUCUGUUAUGUUUAUCCUUCGUGUCA